AUGACCUUCAAGGCGGUGGUGCUGGUUGGGGGACCGCUGAAAGGUACCCGCUUCCGUCCCCUCUCCCUACAACUUCCCAAGCCACUCUUCCCCAUUGCCGGGGUGCCACUCAUUGAGCAUCACAUCGAUAGACUAUCACAGCUGACCGGGCUGACGGAGGUGAUCCUCAUCGGCUUCUACCCGCCCGAGCAGUUCACCGAGUUCACCGAGCGAUGCCAAGGGCAGUAUCGCAUUCCGAUUGGAUAUGUGCGAGAGCCGCAGCCGAUGGGCACUGCUGGAGGAGUAAUCUACUUCCGCGACCAAAUCCUUGCCGGCAGCCCAGAUGCGGUAUUCCUCAUCAACGCCGAUGUUUGCGGCGACCUGCCGAUCCCAGAAAUGGUCGAUUCGCUGACGAAACUGUCUCCACAGGCAAAGUGCCUGCUCUUGACCACGGAGGCCACCCGGGAACAAUCGAUCAAUUUCGGAUGUGUGGUGAUCGGGCCUAAUAGCCAGGUCCUGCACUACGUCGACAAGCCCACGACUUUCCUCUCAACGCACAUCUCCUGUGGUGUUUAUUUGAUGCGUCCUGAUGUCAUUAAGGAAUUGGCCUCGUCAAACGGCGGCACAUGCUGGUUCGAGACGGAGGUAUUUCCGGAGAUGGCUUCUCAAGGCACGCUUUUUGCCCUACACACGACUCGCUGGUGGAGCCAGACGAAAACAGCCGCGGCCGUCCUCUACGCAAACCGCCACUAUCUACGCCUGUUCAAGCAUCGAUACGCAGCGAGGCUCUGCUCGAGCCGGGCCAAUAUUAUUGGCGAUGUUUUCAUCGAUCCCAGCGCUGAGGUCGACCCCACUGCCACAAUCGGCCCAAACGUCAGUAUCGGGCCGAAUGCGAAAGUUGGCAAGGGUGUCCGCAUCAAGGAAUCGAUAAUCCUGCCGGAAGUGACAAUCGAUGAGCACGCUUGCGUCAUGAAUUCGGUGGUCGGAUGGCGUUCGGCGGUCGGCGCUUGGGCUAGGGUUGAGGGCAUUCCACUUGCCCCCAAUCCGAACGUGCCUUUCGCCAAGUUGGAGAACAAGCCAUUGUUUUUGGAUGAUGGUCGCCUAACCCCGUCGGUGACAAUCCUGGGUAGCGAUGUGACCGUCGCCGCCGAGACGAUCGUGCUCAACUGUGUGGUACUCCCCUAUAAGGAGUUGAGUGGCAGCCUCAAAAAUCAGAUUAUCCUG